AUGGAUAUGAAGCUGAAAGACCGUGUCGUUGUGGUUACAGGCGGAACCUCAGGCAUCGGGCUUGCCACCGUCGAACAACUGCUUCGCGAGGGUGCCCGAGUGGUUUUUUGCGGCCGCCACGAAGAGCGCAUCCAGCAAACGCUGACAGAACUGUCGGACCUGGCAAACGAAGAUCAACUGCUGGGCAAAGUUUGUAAUGUUCUGGAUGAUGCACAGGUUGGUCAUCUGGCCCAGGCCACCGAGGAGCAAUUUGGCUGUUGUGACGCGCUGAUCAAUAACGCCGGAGGUGGGCGGGUAUCAACAUUCGGCUCCACCACAGACAGCGACUGGGUCGACGAAACGCAACUUAAGUUGUUCAGCGUUAUUUAUCCGGUGCGAGCUUUCAUGCCGUUGCUGGAGCGCUCCAGCCAGGCAGCCAUUGUGGUGGUGAACUCGUUGCUUGCUCACCAACCUGAACCCCACAUGGUGGCCACAUCAUCGGCUCGCGCAGGCCUGCUGAAUCUGACGCACUCCAUGGCGCGGGAGUUCGCGCCAAAGCAAAUCCGUGUGAAUUCCGUUUUGCUGGGCACCGUCAGCUCCGAGCAGUGGCGGCGGCGUCACGCGGCAAUCGAUGGAGAACAAAGCUACACGGAGUAUCUGGCAGAACUGGCGACAAACAAGGGGAUUCCGCUGGGUCGAUUCGGUGAACCGGAGGAAGUGGCCCGCACGCUGACGUUUCUGGCAUCACCAGCAUCCAGCUACACCUCAGGUGCCAGCAUCGAUGUUUCUGGCGGUUUGGCAAGACAGGUCUGA